AUGAGUGCUAAUGACAACGACACGGGAAGAACGAGCCCCACGGUCAUUGUGGCUCCCACUACUAGUGGCAGAGAUAAGGCAGACCGCUUGGGCAAGAAGUUCGCCGACGCGAAACGAAACAAUCGGUCACGGUUUGCGCCUUCGAGGAGUGCAGAAUCACCAUACAACGUACUGACAUCUCCGUCCAGAAAUGAUCCCGUCAAGCUGAGCAGGUUGUAUUCGAUAAUGAAUUCCAAACGGACCUCAAACAACAAAUCAAGGCGGCAGCGCGAAGAGCCCGCAUUACAGCGCGCGGCCUCUGACAUUUCGCAGGCGAAGGUUAGUCCGGAUGAAAAUGUUGGGAGUCCACACAACGCGUUGGUCACUCGGUCACAGCCAGCAAUUGCGACUCCGAUAGUCCUCGAUGACCCUUCGACAACCAGCCUUCUAGCCGACGAACAGUCGGGAUCAUCGCCGAACAAGUCGGUGGUAUCUACACCUCAGUCACAGAGCAAAGCUCCUCAGACAGCACGCAACGGGAGCUCCCAGCCGUCUCCAACUCAAUUUGCCUCUAAUGACACCCAUCUGGCGCCUGGACAGCACCACACGUGCAUCAGCAAACAAGCAUUUGAAAAGAACAUAGCUCAAAUAAGCGACACUAUCUCGACCUUCCAAGCCGUCGUGAGAAACCCAGCGCGUACCUCGCACGCAGACCAGCAGCCGUCGGCGCAAAACCCACCCAAGGAGCCAACAGCGCCUACUCCGCAAACACCAACCCGGCAGGCUGUUUUUCAGGACAGGAAUGGCAACCAGACAGGAUCAGAUAAAAAGGUUUUGUUUUCUAGCAACGUUGAUAAAUCACCAAUUGCGUCGUCUCCAAUCAAGGAGCCUAGCGAGCCUCGGUCAAUCUUGAAAGUGAGUCCGCCUAAGACAGAUUUACCCAGAUCUGUUGUGGGCGAUAUAGAGGAAGAGUUCCCGGCAGGUUCCUUGAUGCAGAGGGAGCCAAACGAUCCAACGUCGAUAGAGCUGAUCAGAAAAUGCUAUCGGCUUCUACAGAAAGAGGACGACCCUAGAAGGUUUGAAAUCCUUGCCACUCUUCAUAACACGCUCAAGAUCAACAGCGUAGAGUUUAAUACUCGCGAGCUGAACAAAGCUGACGCGUCGAGCAUCGCAAAGGUGGCCUGUGCUGAGAUUGCAAGGGCGUGCGUAUCACCGGAUAUGGAUUUCGAUGCAGUGGAGUCCCGAACGACCAUGUUAGGGGUGAAGCUGAUCACCACGGUCAUGUCGAUGUUUGAGGUUUCGCAGACCGCAGAGGUAGUCGAGAUGUUGUGCACGUUGGUGUUGAGAAAACGCAUAUCCAAAGCUUUGGCGUCCGCAUUCGUUCAGUUCUGCAAAGAGCAGUCCUGUAUUCUCCCUGGGAGUUCGAGUGAGAUGGCUAUCAAUGCGCUUAUGACCAUGCCGUUUUAUCCUAGCGGAACCAUUGUUCACGAGAAGAUUCUUGCUUUGAAGAAAAUAGGUUCGAAUGCUCCAGCAAGCAUGCUCAAGACUUGUAGCAAGUGGUUUCCGUUUAUUCUGGCCAGCAUCAUGAGUAUUGAUCUGGGCUCACACCAGAGAAUUCUUCAAGCUGUGGUUGCCCUUUUGAACGAAUGGACUUCGAACUGCAAUCCCAAAAUUCGCGAGGACGUUCUGACUUUAAUGAGCGAGGACGCCGCGACCUUUGUGAGCAUGCACACCGUGGAGGCGAGUCAAAAUCUACUAGAACCUGGACUAUCUGUUUGCGAUGUUCUGGUCAAGACACUUAUCAUUAGCCUCAGACGGGGUGCAUAUGUGGAAGUAAUGAAAAUAUGGGCCCUGGUCACGUACUCGAUUUCUGCGUUCACCUGGAAUAAGGGGAUCGAAGAUUGGCCGCAUCUAGAAGCCUGGGUCUCGGUAUUCACCGAGUGCUUCAAUGCAGAAGGUCUUGCUCCCAAAAUUGCAGCCUUGGAGGCAUGGAAAGGCGUCAUCUUUGCGUACCAGAGCUCAAUGGUGUACCGAGCAUCUCUAUCUCCAAAGACAGAGAGCGAAGAAGAGCUGAUCGAAGUCAAGUUUCAUGUACUGGCUCACCCAUUUUUCGGCCUAGCGCUAGAGCUCAAUGAGACGUUGUUUGUCGAAUACCAAAAACUCUUUGUGAGAAUAUACCAUAGUCUGUACAAGUUUCUCACUAGAAAUCCACAGGACGAAGGAGCAUCUGUGAAAAAUGGUGCCAUUAAAUGGAUCUGUACGAUCCUGGGCCAAUUCUUUCUGGCAGAAUCAAGAAGUGCUGAGCAAUUGGAGUUUGCCAUCAAUUUCCUCGAGCAGAUGCUUACAUCAAGCCCUUCGAAACCAGACUUAGCGCAAACCAAAUUGCAGAAAGACUGUUUUGCCGAUGACAUCGUGAUAGAGCCUCUUUCGGUACCACCAAUCAACACACUCUGGGUGGUUUCCUCGCCAGAUCCCUUUGUUGAGCUUCUGAAGAUUGCAUGUAAAGGCAGAAUCCCUGUUGCAAGGAAGCUCAAACUAAUCACACUAUUUGUCCGUGGAUUGAGAACGGGGCUGUCGCCAAGUUCCGUUGCUUUUACACGGUUGACAGAGCCUGUCAUCGCGAUGUUCCUCGAUACCUUUUCUGAAGUGGAGCAGGAUUGCUCAGACCUAGGUGACCUGGAGGAAAUUGAGGGUAUUCUCUCUGACUUCUUCCAGGCCAUUGACAUUCUCAAUAGUUUGGACCUAUGGGGAGAAAAUAAGUCCGUUUUCACUGUUGUCUCUCAAUGGCUACGGAAAUUAGACACCAAGGACGCUCAACGUGGAUCCAACUUGGUAGCGGGCUAUCUAGACAAAAUCUUUUCACUAGAUGUGAACCGUUAUGUGCAAGCAUGCAACGAAUUGCUAACUCAUUGCCAGGGCUUCGAGAAAAUAGUUACAGACUCGCUGGUUGCACACUUAUGCUCGGCUUAUUUCAAUGUUUCACCAGUUGUGUGGACGUCUAUUUUUGAAAAAUUGGGUGAGAGCCGGCACAUUGACAUUCUGUCUCGGCUUGUCUUGAACGAGGUGGGCCACGAUAGCGCUAUAGACGCGCAGAAGCACGUUCAGUUCUGGCAGGCUACAAAUCUCAAAAUGGUAUCAGAUGAACAACUCUAUGUUCUCUACGACGCCUUGCUAUCGUGCUCAGGAACAGAGCUCCUGCGCUAUCAAAUUAGCAAUUGUCUUCUCAACGAGAAGCCCACCAUUUAUCUUCCUGUGGUGAAUCGAGUACUGAAACGUAUUAUAGAUCAAGGUCAUUGUCCCCAAGAGGAGCUACAGCUAUUUCUCAGAAAAAGAGGUAGCUUAGUUCAUCACAACGCAGCAGAUAGCAACAUGUUGCUGGGAAAGACAUUCAAAUUGGUCUCCCGGUUGCAAAGUAUGAUCGAAGGGGUGCCAGAAACUAAAAACUCGCCACACUCUUCGAACGCUAAUGGCGAAGCAGAAAAAAUUCACAAGAGUCCUGCGAAGGAGACACCUAUACCAUCCGUCCAGCAGCAACUUGAGCCAGAACCGAAUAGAUCACAGAAAGAUGCGGUGCAGGGAGCUCAAAUAAAACAGUCUGAACCAGAAAAGCCUGAGCAACAGGAUUCCUUGGAUAACGGAACAAGCACAGAACUUAGCACGUUUAUCAUACGCUCGGACGACGAAGCAGAGGAAAAACAGCCUAAUGACAAGUCCGGCACGACACCUGAGCAACCGGUUGCUACUUCCUCGCCUCAAAGACCUGCGGACCAGCCUGCUACCAAACCUGUCAUUUCUCAAACUUCUCAGGUGAGUUCUCCUAUGGCUAGAAUCUCCUCGACUCAGGCGCUGUCGAAUGAUGGCGAAAUCAGCGAGAAACAGCCAAGCAUUUCGGGCACCCAGGCGUCUCCUCCAGCAGUCGGGCAGUCCAGCAUACCCCCUGCUGAGAGAAGCUUCUUUGGUCAGGAUACCAGCCAGUUUUUGCCACCAUUUCCACCAAUGCCUUACUACGGCUAUCCAUACUACCCAAUGAUGCCACCUGCUACAGGAAUUGCCGAAAAACCUUCACCAAUGCAUCACAUGCCAAUGUACUAUCCUAUGCCUUAUCCAUGGCCUGCACCGUUAUCUGGACCAGAAAAAACUCUAGAUGCCAAAGACCCCGAGAGUUGGGUCAAGCUGGAAGAACUGGUCACAAGGCUUGUCCGCGAGAAUUCUGACGGAGUGGACGACUUGGAGGAAACCAAAAAACGGAAACUUGAAGAUGACCUAUUUACGCUACUGACGUGCUUGAAAAAAAGACGCUAAUUGGACGCGAAACGUACAUGCGCGGCCAGCAGCUCGACGCCAAUUUUCACCGAGUCCACAAACUCAGUAUCUGGGAAGUCUUGCUUGAAUUUGCGAUCGAGACUGCUGAGCCCAGCGCAACCCAACAGGAUAAUUUUUGCGUUUUGGGCAAUCAACACCCCAAUCUUUUUCUUAAUCUUGGCAUAAUUCUCGGGAUCAGUCAGCUUGAGCACGUUCACAUCGGCGGCCAGCGUCGGAGUCAUGAACUUGGGGAUACUUUUGGAAUCGAAAAAAUCCAGCAGCGAGUCGUCGAGUAUUUGCUCCCAGCUUUUAUUUGACGUCAAAAUACCGACUUUUGUCGCUUCUGUAGCAUAAUUCAGCGAGUAGAGCAGGGAAGCCUGGAAAAUGCCCAUCACCGGCACGCUGACAAGCUUCCGUAGUCCACCAACCAACGGGUGGUCUGAGUAGCAGCAGACAAGGUAUCCGUCGUAUUUGAGAUACGCAGAGUCUGAUUUCAGCUUUUCGAGACAGGCUUUGGCAGACACUUCACCGUCGUGGGAGUUGUUGAUGGAAGAUGGCGCAGAGGGAGGCCCAGUGAAAAAGUCAAACUUGAACUCUGGAAUUGGCCGC